CGGCCAUUUUCCGCGUGUCGCAGGUCGUUCGUGAUCUCCGUCUCGUCGAGGAUUCUCUCGCUUGUUCGAGCGACCGGAAUUAAGAAACACGAGUCAGUUUAGAGAUACGAUAAGGGGACAGCUUCGCAGACUUUACUGGCACUGCAAGCGCGUCGGUUUCAGCUGACAAAGCGAUUCAACUCUCCGUCGCGGAUUCGUCUCUCUCGUCACACCCAACGACGGGAACCUCGCCGAGGACAGUUUCAGGGACACCUAGAGAAAUGGAGCGAAGACGAGGGUCUACAAUAUCAUUGCUGGGACUGUUGUUACUCGCGUGCACGCAAGCAACCGCCCGGGAAGUGGUCUACAGCGGGCCACCGGUCGUCCACGACGGACAGCCUUGGGUCGUAGAAUGCAGAGGCCUCGAAGAGGACGAUCCCGUCAGAUGGACAAGGAAUGGUCAAUCUCUCGAGCCGGAGCUAGCGAGUGGACAGUUGGUGGUCCAGUCGAAGAGUGGCAGCGGCACUAGCAAACUCUCGGCACUGGAGGCAAGGGAAAACCACGACGGGGACUACAAGUGUACACCGGAGAGCGACAAUGCCUUCCAUCUGUCGAUUUAUGUCGAUACCAUCAUCCGGGUGCUCUCGCAAGUCGACACGCCGAUGGUGAUGGAAUGCGCGAACAGGACCGCAAACGACAAGGUCCAGUGGAUCAAGGACUCGAAACCGAUCGCCGUCGCCAUGGCCGACUCCGAGGGCGUGUUCAGGAUCAACAACGAGACCGGUAACCUGGAGAUUCUGAAGGAGGAGGAGGAGGCAUACGGGAAUUAUUCCUGCAAGGUGGGCAACUCGUCGACCGAUUACAGGAUCGUCGCCAAGCCAACUGCGAUAAUGCCCCAGUCGUUGAGCGUCGUCGAGGGCGAGAAGCUUCACCUGGUGUGUCUUGGAAAACAGAGUCCCGGUAUCAAGGUCUCCUGGAGCUUCGGCGGUAGGAACUACACCCAGAGCGAGGGUCGCGUCAAGUUGGCCAGGGAUGAAGACCGCGGGAUCUAUGGAGCCGUUCUUAACGUGGAGAACAUCGGGAUGGCCGAUCGCGGAGAGAUCUAUUGCAGAGUCUCGUAUAACUGGUCGGACACUACCGAAGACCACUACGCCGAAGCCCAGACGCUCCUCCGGGUGAAGGACAAGCUCGCCGCCCUCUGGCCCUUCCUCGGCAUCUGUGCGGAGGUCGUCGUGCUCUGCGCCAUUAUUCUGAUCUACGAGAAGAAACGCAACAAGGCCGAGCUCGAGGAGUCCGACACCGACCAGAGCCCCGACACGAAGCCAACGCCCAACAAGGACUCCGAUGUCAGGCAGAGAAAGUGAGACGAAGAGACGGAAGACGGAGAUAAGGGUCACGGUAAGAGAAGAAGGUAUUGAAGGAGUCAACGAAGAACCAGAAGGACCAGAAGAACAGCGUCGGACAGUGCCCUUAACGAAGCCGAAUCUUCACCGCCGUGGCAGAUCGUCUUCGUGCCAACCAUCUAGUCCAAAGAAAGCAGCCGCACGGCCAUCGAGUCAUUUGCUGGAUCGGAAAGAGACCGGAUUAGGAAGAACGUCCAUGUUGGGUUAUCCUUGUCCCGGAAGUCGACCGCGAGGAGAGGAAGUCACUCGCGAAGGCGUAACCGAUCAUUGCUGGCCGGUCUUCGGCUCGGCGACAAAAAGACACUGUAAUGAUGGUUCACACAUUGAUGCUUGUAGCCCCUUUAUCCGUCUCUCAGUGUUGAAGGAAGAGCCACUCGACACCUUGCGAGUACCUUACCGUACACGUUUCGUCGUUACAUCACAUUGAGACGUUGCUAUCGUUAUCGUAAUUAGCGCCACUACCGUUAACAAUUGGUACUACCUUGACAUUACUAUUACCAUUAAUAAUAUUACUAUUACUAUUACUACAGCUACUACCAUUAGUAUUUUUAUUAUUAUUAUAACGUAACGUUAACGCGUCGCGACGGCGAUGUGUAAUGAGCGCGCCAGCGGCAGAGGAGGGAACGAGAACGAGUGAGCUCUCGAGAGGAUUAAUUAAUUAUUAUCGCUGAAAUGUGACUAUAUAUUAUUAAUAAUAUUAUUCUACUAUUACCGCGUUUAUCAUUAUCGUAGCUGCGAUUUAUCACGUUGUUAUCGUUGUUAUAUUGCCGUUGCGACGACCGGCGACACGCGGACCCCUCGAGGGCUGAUUUCGGAAAGAUCGCUGCCCGUUAUCGGCGUAGUCCGUUAGGUCCAAUCGAUCUCACGAGCGUUAUCGAACCCGACGACGAAGUCGCCGAAGAACGAAUAAAUCCUUGCGAGCGAUCGUUUGCUCGCCCCGUGUCGUGGGCCAAGUUGCGCGUCCUUCAUUUCGUUUCUCGCCUUUUAAUUUCGUCCCCUCCGCCAUUGCGACGCGCCUAUAAGGAACGAUUUGUACGCUCGAUACGGUCCUUCCCAUCGAUUCUCUUCCUCUUGUCCCAGGUCUCCGGGAAUCAUGCUCGACCUGAAGGACGGCCGUGAGAACCUCUAUACCUUGAAAUGACCAGAACUUCGAUAUGUAGAGCACCACGCCAACGAAUCUGUUCCGAGAGCAGUAAGGUCGCCCUCGCUCGAUUAUCGGCGUCAUUAUUUUUUUUUUUCUCCUUGUCCGUUUCGAGAGGCGGAUUUUCUGAGGAAGCCUGCGUGUCUACUUGAGUCGGCCAUUUAUCGUGAUUUAAUCCUUAGGACGUAGAAGGUAACUCGGAUCUACGAGGCGCAAAGUGAGACCUUGUCGGGAAUUGUUAGCACGACAUCGGCGAAAAUGGCCGAGACGUACGACUUUUGCGUGAUCGCGUGUACGAGUCGUCACUCCACGUAAUAGGAUAAGGAGCACCCGGCUGCUACGAGGCGACUUACCGAUGAAUUAUGAUUAAUUAAUAUAUAUAUAUACACGCAUAUUAAUGGAGAAUUUAAAAGCCCCGCGUCACGCGAGUGACCGUGUGAGCCUUCUUACACUUUAAGCAACGUGCCCGUUGCGCCGAAUCGAGGAAAGAAAUAUCGCGAGGUGCGAGCACUUUAUGCCUUUAAAAGCGGUUUUUUCGAAAUAAACUAUAUUGACCAGA